UUAAAGAACUCAUCAACAAUCUCAUUUCACAAGAGGUGAGAUGGACCACAAUAUACUAAUAAUAAAUGUAAAGCCUUGUCUGCAUGCUUGUCGGUUAUAGCCGAGCUCGCAUAGCUCAAGUUGCGCGGCGGUUGACGGCGGCAAGCAAACACGCACAGUCGCCUUCCGAAAUCGGAAUACCAUGUUCCGCCGCAGCCUUCCUAUUCUCGUGGAGAAUAUGCUAACUCUGUUCCCUAAGCCUCAUACUCUUGCCUGUGCCCGUUCCCAAACACACCGAUUCUUCCCUCCCUCAUUCUUUCCAAAUCUUCAGAGUCGCACGACCUUACUUCCUUCGCGAGAUGUCGCUGUUGUUUCGGGAUCAUCGCUGGAACCGGAGCCGUUGCCGCCGGAUCUGCGACCGGAUCUGAUGCCGAAAAACGUGGCGGUGAUCAUGGACGGAAACAGGAGGUGGGCCGAGAUGCGGGGGUUGCCGGAGUCGGCGGGUCAUGAGGCCGGCAUACAGUCGAUGAGAAGGAUUAUCGAUCUGUGUUGCAGUUGGGGGAUUAAGGUCCUGACGCUUUUCUGGUUUUCUUCUGAUAAUUGGAAUCGCCCAAAGGUGGAGGUUAAUUUUUUGAUGCGGCUCUUUGAAAGUACCAUAAACACCUUAUUCCAAAAGCUUAAAGGCAUUAAAAUAUCAGUAACAGGGGACACAUUAAAACUCCCAACCUCUCUGCAAAGAAUGAUAAGCAACACAGAGGAGAAGACAAAGCAAAACGGUGGAAUGCAACUAAUGGCAGCAAUUAGCUACAGCGGCAAAUACGACGUCGUGCAAGCCUGCAAAACCAUAGCAGGAAAGGUCAAAGACGGCAUCAUGGAGGUAGAAGACAUUAAUGAAGGGCUGAUAGAGCAAGAACUGGAAGCAAGCUGCGCCAAGUUUCCCAACCCAGACUUGAUGAUUCGAACCAGUGGCGAACUCAAAGUGAGCAACUUCUUGCUUUGGCAACUUGCUUACACUGAACUUGGCUUUGAUGCUCAUCUCUGGCCUGAUUUUGGCAAGGACCAAUUUGUGGAGGCCUUGUCUUUGUUUCAGCAAAGACACAGGCGCUUUCUUUGGUGGAAGACGACAAUAUUGAUAAUUUAA